UGUGUGUGCGGUCUGUGCGAGAGGUGAAGUGCACAAGAGGAAUCUGCUCAAUUCCGUAAAGGUGAAACGAGAAGCGAAACAGACCAGGACCGACUGACUCACAAACGCAUUGUGAUGCAUAACUCAAGACCAUUCCACUGGGGCAUAGGCCUUGGAUCUUUUGAUAUCUUUCCUGGGACUGAAGUAUUGUUAUUUUAGUGACUUCUGAUCAGACAGAUGCAGCCAUGACAUUAAGGAAUGUCCAUUUUUUCACUCUCUCCCAAGUCAUCCUGUUUGCCAGCCUGUUCUCUACACAUGCCCAAGGUCAGAAUGAAUCAUGUCCCAUUGAGGUCUUAGUGAAACGGAAUUCAAAAGCUGAAGCUCUUUCAUCAGAGAGUCUGACGAUCAACUGCAAUGUAACAUACUGUGAUAAAAGGCCAGCAGUCGGAUGGUGCAAAAUUACAGAUUCAGAUUAUUGUAUCCCUGUCAAUGCAACAGAUCGAAUGGAAAUACAAUGGCGACACACAGAGUAUUCACCGAGCAUUUUAUCUCUAUAUUUCAAACGCAUAGGCAUGAAUGAUUCUGGAUUCUACAGGUGUCAGUAUAAAGGAGCAUCUGAAAAAAGUAUGAGUCAUUCAAUCCAUGUCACAGUGAAAGAAAAACAUUUGGACAUUGUACAACAAAUUGUAAGCAAUGAGAACCUAACUGCAAAUGCUUCCAAUUAUCAAACUACAGACAAGUCAGAAUGGUUUUGGCCAGCCUUAUUCAUCUCCUCUGGAAUAGCAUUAGCCAUCAUCAUCAUCACAGUUCUGACAUGUCUGGGUCUCAGAUGCAGAGGAUCACAGAAUGCCAGCACGAAGAAGGCAGAUGAGAAUCAGUAUGAUUCAGUACAGAUGUCUGACAUAGGUGCUUCACUUCCUGACUCCAGUCGUCAUGUGCAAGCUAAGCCACGCCCUUGCCCACAUCCCACCCCAGCCGAUGCACAGAGACAAGGAGACUGUGUCUAUGAGAAUGGCCAUGGCAGAGGGUCACGACCAACUAGCAAUGUGUCAUCAGAUGUCGUGGCGCCGCAGAGAUAUUUGACCAAUCACAUUGUCACCCAGCCGAGGAUGGUCGAAGAGGAAGCUAAUCCACUUGUGUAUGCCUCACUGAAUCACCAGGUCAAAACCCGGUCACACACACGACCCAUAAAGGCCACAGAGGAGUCCACUGAGUAUGCUGCUAUCCGCAUAUCUUAAUGCUUUGUAUUAGAACAGUUCAUGAGCUACUUCUACUUUCUUGCUAUAUUUUCAACGAUUCCAAGGUCACUGAAACACUGGGGAACAUGAAACUUAAGCUUUAGGUCCAAAAGUUUGUUGUAGAGAAUAUGAAGGUGAGUGUGGCUUUCGAAACACUUUUUUCAAAAUGUCAAUAUUUUGUAAACUUUUGUGAAAAACAUUUAUAAGAAAAAAGUGAGUUCUAUGAAUCAUUCAGCAACCAAGGACGGAGUAUGAAAGACUUUCAGUUUACAAGGAGUUGCAGGAGUAGGUGAUGGAGAGAAGCAGGAAGUUAGGAAGCACAAUUGUUUUUAUAUAUACUAUAGCACCGUAUGGCGGUCAUAUUAUGUUGCGCUGUACAUCUUUCUAGUUUACAAAGAACAAGGCUCACUGUGGCUGGGGUUAUGAUUCUGUCAUGAUCAAAUAUGUAAAUUGCUGUAUAUGUGUGAUCAAGAUAUUGUUGAUUUAGAAAUUUUAAUAUGUUAGAGUUGUUAAUGAUAUGCUGAUUGUUGAUGCUGUAGUGUAAUAUUGUAAUAUGUGUCAACCAUUCCGACAUUUGAACUACAUCCAUUUUGAACUGGCCUUCAUCUUCUCAGCCAAACUGUGUGUUUUUAAGAAUAAUAUCUAUAAAAUGGUGUCUCUGCACUUAAAAUUGAGUCUUUGUUGAACUGGCAGAGCCACAUGGGCUCAACCCAGGUAGCGUACACUGAAGAUGAGUGCAUAUCUGCACUGUGCUGUGGGUUGUUAUCUGUUAAAUCAAAUGUUUAUGUAAGAUUAUUUUCAAAAAUACGCAGAAUUUGUGCUGU